AUGCGGCACGUUGGCAGUGCGCACGAAGAAUCCCUGUUUGCCUCCUGCAAAACCUGCGAUCAGUGCUUUUCAGUCAGCGAGAUUGCAGCGCAUGUGCAGACCUGCAAGGGUUCUUUUGCCUGUCUCUACUGCAGGCAGACAUUUGCUCUUCCAGCCUACUUAAAGCGUCACAUUAGACGCAAACAUUCCGUCACAACUAGGUAUCCUUGCAAGUUCUGCGACAAGACCUACUCCUCCAGUCACUCCCUGAAUGGACAUAUUCAGACGCACCUAAGUAAGCUGACAUACGUCGUACUUUUUAUGACUACAUUUUUUUCUGUCUACUUAGAACACCGCACAAAGUUGUGCAACAUUUGCGGUGCAUCGCUGGCGUUAGAAAAUGAAUUCCAGCUGGGAGGCCUUGAAGAUUCUGCCGAUGUCGGGCCUCCCCUGGGCCAUGCUUGUGGACACAGCAGCAGAAAGCUAUCCAAUCGGAAACGCAAUGGUUUGCCCAUUGGCUUUAUCACUACUGGCUCUUUUGAACCAUCAGGAAGCAGUUGCACGGAGUCAGACUCCUCGUGUUCUUCUGGGAGUGGUGGUGGUGGUGGUGGCGGUGGUGGUGGUGGUGAAGGUAAGAAUUGCCUGAAAGACAUACUGGACUAUUCUCAGUCCGAGGUGGCUUCCAUUUUCCACCAGGCCGCCAAACUGCCACCCUACAACUGCCCCUAUUGCCAGAGGAUGUACGUCUCACUUACGUGCUUUCGAAAGCACAUUGCAUCACACGCGCCAUCUCUUAACCCAAGAUCGCAGAAUUCGUUGUCAUCGGAGGAGAUCGUUCCUGACUUUGAAGAUCAGUUGACAGCCGAACUUUGUGAUCUGUUUACGGAGCAGGAAUGGAUGGAUUUGGAAUCCUACCCAGACCUGCCUUCUCCCAAUCUGGGCUUUCUACAAUCGAUCUUCUGCGAGGGGAAUUCCACCGAUCUUCUCUAG